GUUCUACAACUUUAUGCUUCACAGCCCUUCAUAAAAAUGAGCACGAAAGCAUUACGUCACUUACUCUUGUCAUAAUUUCUGUAGCGUAUCUCUAUUGUGGUUAACACCGAUUCUCUCCGUUUAAUAUUUAGCUAAACAUUGGAGUAGCACAUUUGGAAUUCUAAAAUUAAAUUAUAUAACUCAAAUUUAACAUAUUUCGCGAAACUGCAUACUCUUCUAAGCGAGUGCAAGUGUUUGAAAGGUUCAGUACUCUGUGGAGCAGCACGUUUUGUUGCAGAAGGCAAUGAAUUAAUGUGUCCUGGAGCAUAUCAUAGGAGAUUUACGGGAUCAUGGUGUGUGGAGUGCAAUCGUAUUUGGGCAACAUGGAAACCACCUUCAGCAAAUGUUUCGAUCAGAGGCCUGCAAUAGCACUUGUUUUCGCGCUGUGCAGAGUUCGCUUGCAAGUCCCUGGCUAAACCUACGUAGAGCAACAAUGUAUAUUUAGUUAGAAAGUUUCGGAACAUAUACCUCGAAUGUGUCGCAACUCUCAGGACUCCUACAAAGUUGACGUGCCUUGUCUGUCCAUAGCUUGCUGUUUCCCAUCGGCAGUGUGAAACAGGAUGGAUCAAAUGCACAAUUGGCAUAAUAAAUUUCACUCAUGCUCACCGAGAGCCGCGCAAGCGACCACAUACAACAAUCAACGGAGAGGCGAAGGCAUCGAAGCUGUAUACUCGCACUCCGGCGGCGCACAUGUGCCAUAAAUAACAAUGGAAAGCCGAGUGGGCAAGGCGUCUGCGAAGCGGCGCCCUAUAGAGCACUGUACGGUAGAAUAUAGGCAGAAGAAAAUUUGGAAAGAGAUCGAUGGAGCCGUGGUUGCUACUGGCACAGGUAACUAAUACAGAUAGAUGUUUUAUUGAAGAGGGAGAAGAUGAAAGAGACAUGUGCAAAAUCCUAGACUGCAGUAUAUGCAGCAAAGCCGGAUUAGUUCCAGCAGGCAAGGUGACUAUUUGUCGCCCGUUUCAAAGAGGACGUCAAUAGAAAAAUUAAAUAAAUAAAUAACAAUAAUACACGCUGAAUGGUUUGAAUUCUGCAAUUGCAACAUAUUCCCUAAAUGUGUUAAUUAGAGUGGUAACUAGUGAAUAAUAAAUAAUUAGCUAAUUAUUGAGCAACCCUCACGCGUUCACUAAUGUAAGGCGCCAAUAUUAAUGUGUUCCAGAAAAAAGUAUUUCCCCUGUGAACGCUUCAAGAUAACUACGUAUAUUGUUUGUGCCAUUUUGUAUUUUGAACACCUUCGUUAUAUGAGGAUAUAUUACUUACAUUCAGCAAUCAAAGGGAAAAAAUUGUCAUGCGCCCGACGUCGCAAAGGAAACUCGUACAGAUCUCCCAGAAAGAAAGCUUCGCAGUCGAAGAAAAAAAUCGUCCUUGUCCGAGAUAUAUUUAGCAAAGAUCUCGGUUACGCAGUUACUCUCCGCUAUACCUUACGGAGCACCUGUAGCUGUGCUAAAUCGUUUGCAACUCAACUUGUUGUGACCACUUCCUUCUCUUUUAUGUGUUUUGAAACUUGAUCUGCCAGUCUGUACACAAGCUGAGACUGAUUUGCUGAAUAGUAAAAAUAAAUUAAUUUUGUUUUGCAGGCGACUUCCCAUCACGAUAUUAGUUGUUCGAACACACAUUGACCGUCGGGUAGGAACUGCUCCCGUGGUUGGUACCUUGGUCGACAAGUUUGAAGGUUCACGUGGCAAGUCCAUGAACGUGCCUACAUUGACCAGUGCCAUCUCAAGCCUCAAGGCUGCCAAUAUUACGGGAUACGUGAAAGUGCUGUUGUCUUUCACGAUGAUUGUUGGACAUUUCCACCUGAACCAAAGCUUCAGUCUGCCCUCUCGGCCUUCCAGUACCUGGGAAGCCAUGUCGUGGACCAUGGAUGGUUUUCAGAAGACAUGCAAGAACAACGCGACUUUUGACGUCGUUGGAGAGGGUACUCUGCGAUACGAGGGAAUAAAGGGCACGGAAGUCUUCUGUUUUGAAGACAGCUUUACCAUCACGGAGAAGGCGAGGCUAGUGAACUUCGACUACAAGCUAAUGCGAAGCUGGGCCGUCUUCGACGCGGAAUUUGAAGACUACAAGAACGUUUGCGGCAAAGGAGCUUUUCAGAGAAUCUCCGAACUGAAACAAUUUCUUGAAAAAUUUUCUUCGUAGUCUCUCGGCCUACGAAAUCGAAGGUAUACAUAAUGUCACAGCAUGAAGUCUACAGCUGAGAAAGGCAUGCGCGUAUGUUUGGGCCUUCGCGAAGGGCGAAGCUAUAUGUGCGCCUUGUUUCAUGUUCGGUCGCGUUUGUUGCUGAAAAAUUGUUGAAGUAACGAUACUUUAGUAAAUGGCUUUGGCUAAUAAAUACCUAUGUAGGU